GUGCCGCUGAUUGCGACUUUUUUUUUCGCUGCUUGGGGGUCAAAAACGCUGGAGCCGGCCCUGGUCUAGGAAUCCCACCUCAGUCCUAGAAGCGUCGAGCUCCGAGGGUCUGUCUGGACUAGGAAAAGCAGUCCGGGUUAGCUAGCUUCUUUCCUGGUGACCCGGACCACGCUUCCGCUUCUUUGCCUAGUCCCAACUCAUUCGGAGCCACUCAUGUUCCUAGUUUCAGUUUCCAAGUUUCCCCUCCAGGGAGAGAUUGGCUGUGUCCCGGCUAGUCUCAGCUCUCUCCCACUUCUCCUGAAAAGCAGUGGGGUGGGUUUUUUUCCUCUGUGGGUUUUGUUUGUAAAUAUAUUUAUAACACCUAAUGACCCAGAUUAUAAAAGAGUUGGAGCGGGGAUGGAAGGUAGGUUGUUUCAGCCUCUGUGUUAGGAGAGGGAGAGGAGAUGAACUGAAAGGAUUCCUGUCCUGUUCCUCAAAGGUGUUACGGCUCCUAACUGAACUCAGCCUGCCCGCAUCAGCAUCACGAUUCCGCUCGCCACAGAAUCCAAACCCUGGAGCAUUUAUCCUCCUCUUUAAGGCUGUGUCUACACUACAAAGAUAAGUCGACUUCCGUUAGGUCGACUUACAGCCACUGCAUGAAUUACUGCUGUGGUGCACAUCCACACUACCCUCCUUGGACCAGUGGUGCGCGUCCUCACCGGGAGAGCUUCCCCCAACUGAAGAGGGGCAGUGUGGGGGACUGACAAUCAGGGCUCUCCGUCCCCUGCACUCCCCGCCGGGAGCCCAGCUGCCCCUCAGGGCUUCUUACCUCUGGCGGGGAGCUCUGUGCCCAGAGUCUGAGGGGCUUCUUGAGCCCAGAGCAGCUAUUUAACCCUCACCUCACCCGUGCGGAGUUCAUACUCCUUGUUACAGGCUGGCUGGUGCCUGGAGGAAGCGGGAGCAGCAAUGUACCAGGCUGCGGCUGAAAGGCAUCAUGCUGAGCAGGUGAUGGGAGAAUGAGUAAGAACAAGGAGGAAAAUUCUCAGCAGGAAGCGGCUGAGGAAGUGAAACUGCACAAAACUUUAUCAGGAAGAUCCAAAGGGAAUUUUUUCCAGAUUCAUGAGCAGGGAAAAGCCUGGGAGAUACCACACAAGUCAGAGAAGUGGCAGGGAAACCAGGCAGGGAAGAAAGUAGGUAAAACCACUAAUUGUAAAGGAAAUGGCAAGGACCUCGAGGAAACCGCAGCCCAGCAGAGAAUCCACAGAGAUGGGAGAAAAAACACAUGCACCAAGUGCGGGAAAAGCUUCAGUCGUAGCUCAAAUCUUGUUUCCCAUUGGAGAAUCCACACAGGGGAGAGGCCGUAUAAAUGUAACGAGUGCGGGAAAAGCUUCAAUCAGAGCUCUAACCUUAUUUCCCAUCAGAGAAUUCACACGGGAGAGAGACCCUAUAAAUGUCUGGACUGUGGGGAAAACUUCAACCAGAGCUCAGACCUCAUCACACAUCAGAGACUGCACACGGGAGAGAAACCAUAUAAAUGUAUUAGGUGUGGGAAAACCUUCAAUCAGAGCUCAAAUCUGAUUUCACAUCAGCGAAUUCACACUCGAGAGAGGCCCUAUAAAUGCCUGGAGUGUGUGGAAAGUUUUGACUGGAGCACCCAACUUAUUAGACACCAGCUAAUCCACACAGGAGACAGACCCUAUAAAUGCCUGGACUGUGGGAAAAGCUUUAGGGACAGCUCAGCCCUUAUUACGCAUCAGCGAACCCACACGGGAGAGAAACCCUAUAAAUGCCUCGAGUGCGGGAAAAGCUUCAACCAGAGCUCCACCCUGAUUAGACACAAGAGGACUCACACGGGAGAAAAGCCCUAUAAAUGCUCAGACUGCGGGAAACGUUUCAGUCAGAGCUCGAACCUAAUUACGCAUCAGAGACUCCACUCAGGAGAGAAACGUUGAAUGUGGGUGAUGCUUCAGUUGGAAUUCGAUCACAUUCGCCAACAGCAAAUUCAGACAGGGAAGAGAGCUCGUAAAUGUCCUUAGCGUGGAAAAGAUUUCAGCUGGAGCAAACACUAUACUGGACAUCAGCAACUCCAGCAGAGUUGAACCUGAGCUGUUAGUGGCCCUCUGGUCAUAGGCGCUGACUCCAUGGGUGCUCUGGGGCUGGAGCACCCAUGGGGAAAAAUUGGUGGGUGCAGCUCCCCGUCCCACCCUCCUGCCCCAGCUCACCUUUGCCUCCUCCCCUGGGCACACCGCAUGCCAGCUUUUCCCCUCUGGCUCCCAAAGCUUGUGCCGCAAAACAGCUGAUUCACGCAGCAAGUGCUGGAAAGGAGGGGGAAUGCCAUGUGCUAGGGGAAGA